AUGUCUUCACCUCAGUGCGUCCGAGAUGUGCAGAGGCUGACAGGGCGAUUAGCCGCUCUGAACCGAUUCUUAUCGCAGUCCGCUUCCAAAGCACUGCCAUUCUUUAAGGUAUUGAAGAAGGCGGACAAGUUUUCUUGGACAGAAGAGUACCAACAGGCCUUCGAGCAAAUGAAGGAGUAUCUCCACCACCUACCAACACUCACCUCACCUCGGUCUGGGGACAAGCUAUACUUGUACCUAUCUGCUACAGAAGAGGCGGUAAGUGCCAUGCUGAUACGGGAAGAAGGCACUCAAAUGUCAGUUUAUUAUGUCAGUCGGGUCCUCCGAGGGUCUGAGACUAGAUAUACCCAAGCAGAAAAACUCGUGCUAGCUUUGGCCAUUGAAUUAGGGAAGUACGAUUUGUCCUAUGAGCCCCGGACGGCCAUCAAAACUCAAGCUUUUGCGGACUUCCUAGCCGAGCUCACUUUCAGCGAGGUGAAAGAGCCCACCUUAGCUCUCGCCGAGCCUCAGCGGUGGAUCCUGCACGUUGACGGCUCGUCUAACAGUGAGGGUAGCGGAGCAGAUUUGCUCUUCGAAAACCCGCAAGGAGAGCGGUGUUCAUAUGCCCUACGGUGUAAUUUUACAACCUUUAACAACGAAAUCGAAUAUGAAACAGUCAUCGCCGGCCUACAAUUAGUCCACAGGCUCGGUGCUCGGCGCAUUUUGAUAAACAGCGACUCUCAACUCGUCAUGUGCCAAAUACCUGGUGAAUACAAGGCCAGAGAAGAGGUCAUGCAACGUUAUCUCUCCAAAAUUCACCAAUUAACUGCACACUUUGAGUCAUUCGAAAUUCAAAGGAUAUCUCGAUCCCAAAAUAAGCGGGCUGAUGCUCUAUCCCGGCUUGCUUUUACUUCUUUCUCCGACCUGAAUAAAACGAUUCUCGUUGAGGUCUUGGCCGAGUCAGACUAUUUAGAAGAAAUCGUGUGCCCCGUUUAUCCAGGGGACACUUGGAUGGGUCUCCUGAUUCGAUUCAUCGAUCAAGGAGAGCUUCCGGAGGACCGAGUCGAAGUUAGAAAACUUCAACGAAAGACAGCUUGGUACGCUCUCUGGGACAAUAUCUUGUACAAAAGAUCUUAUCUUGACCCAUGA